UUAAUUUUUAAAUUAAGUUUAAUCACUCAUAUUAUACAGAUCAUCUUUCCAUUCAAAGGAUGUAGUAAAUAUUAUAAUUUUAUUUUUAAAAAGAUAAAUGGAAAAGUGGUCAAAAUUGUAAUCUGAGAUGAUAUGAUGUUUCCAAGUUGGUUGGUUGGGAAGUGGAGGAAUGACCGUUAUUUCAGGUAAAUGGUCAUCAAAGACAACCUCAAUUGCCUCCUAAAAUAUCGCAAAUAAAUCCUAAUAAGUCUCAUUCCCCUAAUUUACCUCAUAACCUCUUGCUUUGUCGCCUUUCUUCGGGAACACAAACAAGACGGGGGAAGGGAAAAAGAAAAAAGAAAAAGAAAAAAAGAACCAAAAAAAAAAAAAAAAGAUCAUGAUCUAGGUCUGGUCCAUCCCACCAAGGUCAUGAUCUUUUCAUCUUCAUAAAACAAUUCCAGAAUUUUUUUAGAAAAAAAAAAUCAUUCCUUUUUCUUUAACUUUCCUUAUUCCAAAACAGGGGUUGGGUUAGAAUUUUUUUUUUCUUUUUUUUUUUUUUUAAAUUUUUUUUGGGGAAAAGAAACUAGAAAGGGAAAGAAAAUGGCGACGAAACGUUCAUUCACCCGUUUUGUAGAACAAGAGCUGGGAAAGUUUCCACAUUUUGUAGUGUGUGCAGUUCUUGAAUGGGUUCUCAUAAUUUUGCUUUUCAUUGAUGGGUUUGUUGCAUUUUUGGCCAACGAAUUCGCCAAGUUCUUCGAAUUGCGAGUUCCUUGUUUGUUCUGCACGAGAAUCGACCAUAUUUUAGUUAACAAAAAUGCAGAUUUCUAUUACAACAAUUCCAUAUGUGAAGGACACAAGAAGGAUAUUUCAUCUCUUGCAUAUUGUCAUAACCACAAGAAACUCUCCGACAUUCGGAAGAUGUGUGAGGUUUGUCUUCUCUCUUUCGCGACCGAAAAGGAAUCCGAUUGUAAUACCUACAAAUCGCUCGUUGGAAUAUUGCAUAAGGAUCUUGAAUGUUUUGUUGAGGAUGAUAAUCGUCAAGUUGUGAGCUUGCCUCCUGUGGGGAAGAAAGAUGAAGGCCUGCAAAUGGAGAAAGGGGUUGGUGGUAAUUAUUGUUGUUCAUGUUGUGGGGAGCCAUUAAAAGUUAAAUCCUCCAAUUCAAAAGGGAAAAAUGGGAGUACCUUUUCACAAGCUCCUGCUCCUUCACCACGAGCUUCGUUUACGCCCGCUUUCAGACACGACGAUAAAACUAGCUUGGAAUUGCCGCACAUUCGUUAUACCGAACUCAAAUUGUUGUCAGAUAGUGAAUCGGAGUUUGUUGAAGAUGACGAAGGUUUACAUGGAAGAAAUCUUGAUGCUCAUCAAUUUAAGGAGGAUAUGAAAGCUGUUAAAGUGCCAUUGUUACCUGAACCAGAGGAUGUGCAUGAAAGUUCAAGGACCCCCGUCUUUGGUAAAGGAAACAAAUUUUUUGGUAUUCCACUUACAGAUUCUGCUAAUAACAGUCCCAGGUGGGCUAUUAGGAUCUCUAGAAAAUCACCACUUGAAAGAACAGAACCAUCAGCGGAGACUUGUGAAGCAGAUAUGAUGGGGCCAGGAGACAAUGAUUCCAUUUUGAAUUGCUUGAAAAGACAAGUUCGGAUAGAUCGAAAAUCACUCAUGGAGUUGUAUAUGGAACUGGAUGAAGAAAGAAGCGCUUCGGCCGUGGCAGCGAACAAUGCAAUGGCCAUGAUUACUCGCUUACAAGCCGAAAAGGCGGCAGUUCAGAUGGAAGCUUUACAGUACCAAAGAAUGAUGGAAGAACAGGCAGAGUAUGAUCAGGAAGCCUUACAAGCUACAAAUGAUUUGCUUGCUAAGAGAGAGGAAGAAAUCAAGGUCUUGGAAGCUGAACUUGACGCCUACAGGGAAAAAUACGGAUAUCUUGAAGAAGGUUGUCUUAAGAUGUCUGAAGAUGAGAUAUCUGAUGAAGAUUACCAAGAAUUCAAGUCACAAUCCUGUUUAUCUUCCGAUGAGAAAUCUGAAUGUAGUACACCUUUUAGUUUCACCGGGAGAGAAAACAGCAGGGAAAAUUUUAACAAUUUUGACGUGACGAGUAUACCAUCCCCGUUGAAGAUUGCAGGAGGGAAUAGCAAAGAAGAAAGUACAAACAAUCAUGAGAUAGCUUUGCCAUUCUCCCUAGGGAAGGCUGAAGGAGAGGACCAAACUGAACCACUGACAAACUUUAAAGGAGAAAAAACAUAUCUUCUAGGCCGCUUGAAAAAGGCAAAGAAGAAAAACUUAUCCUCAGAUGGUGCAGUUUCUUCCCUGCAAUCAAGCUCUGGCAGUGUCAAUCAAGUAGAUGAAGAUACAGGAAAGGGAAGAACUUCUGCACUGACCCAACAGCUCUCUCAUCUUAACGAGAUCGUGAGAGCACUCGAAGCAGAUGGUGAAUUCUCCAAGCAUGAAGGAAAAGUAAUUUUAGCUGAUAUUUCUCACAAAUUAGGCAAACUUCAAAACCUUGUUGACGAGAACAGUGAUUCUUAACUUCCCAUAUUGGUAAAUUACUCAGUUAUUAUAGUUAGGUUUCAACUACAGAGAGCUUGAUUUUUAGGUGGAUGUUUUUUUUCGUUGCAGUUUCUUUUCUUUCUAGGAUGUACAUAGUGUUGUAUGACAUGCUGAAUACAGAUAUAAAGCUUCGUGAAGCACUGUAGCUGCUAACUUCUUCCAUAGCAGUAAGAGACUAGUUUUCCAUUUUUUCUUCAGUUGUUUUCCCUAAUGCUUUUGAAAGCUCAACAAACUCAGGGUACAAUGACUUUUAAUUUUCAAUUUUCAGGUACAGAGCUAAAAAAAUACUUGGCUGUCAGAGAUGGGUGUAGAAGGCCUUUCUUUUUUCCUUUUUUCCUUUUUUCUUUUUUUCUUUUUGUUUGUUUGUUUCUCUCAUGAUGACCCAUCAAAUUCAGAAGAGUGGAAAUGGUGUUCAAGAAAAUGCUUUUGGAUUUACACAUCAAAAAGCCAAAGAACAAGGGAAAGAAAAAGGCCAGUAUUCCUUCUUUUUGAGGGCAUAGCUGGAUCAAUGAUAGAACCUCAAGGGUAACCAGAAAGGCAAGGCGUUUGGUUAGCUUUCAUUCCAUUUACAAUGGGACAAAUGUUAGUGUUGUAUGAUGCAAGAUUUUUUUUUCUUUUUUUAAACUCAUAAUCCCCUCCCCUAAAUGUCUUUUCGAGUUUAUUGAAGUGACAGCAAUGUGCAAGGAAUUUUUGAUUGGUAUCAUCCCAUUUAUUAAUUGGAAACUUGGAGGGGGAAGAGGCCAAUCUUUUUUAAUGCAGAUAGAUAUCGUUUCCUUUGUCAUUAAUUGUUCUAGCAAGAAGAAAUUUCAACUAACAAUGCUUAGUCACUUUUGUCCUUGGCCAUCAUAUUUUGAAUAAAAGAAACCAAAUAUUGAUUAGGGACACAACCAACCCAAGGGUCCCAACCUCCCACCAAAUUAAAUAACAAUGCAAAACUAAGAGGUACUUUUUUCCAACUUCCAGAAAUAGCCAAAAAUCAAUAGUCCAAUCUUCAAAAUAAGGAGCUCUAAAUAAGAAUGCACAUGUAUUGGUCAAAGAAGAAUAUGCAUCCAAUAUCAAACAUAAAAGCUGUGGGCCUGCCCACUAUCAUUUUCAGCAAAGUAAUAACUCAUAUGACCAGCUGAAGAAAAAAACUUUAUAACAUAGAAAGUUGGAAAAAAGGAGUGUGGGGUUAAAGACCUCUCUCCUUGUCCUUUCCAAUUGUCC